AUGGACCCCAGCAGCUGGAGUGGCAGCGAGAGUCCUGCCGAGGACAUGGAAAGACUGAGUGACUCGGCCGACAAGCCUAUGGACAACGAUGCAGAGGGGGUGUGGAGCCCCGACAUUGAGCAGAGCUUCCAGGAGGCCCUGGCCAUUUAUCCCCCCUGUGGGCGCAGGAAGAUCAUCCUUUCAGACGAGGGAAAGAUGUAUGGUCGUAAUGAGCUGAUAGCCAGAUACAUCAAACUUCGGACUGGGAAGACGAGGACGAGGAAGCAGGUGUCUAGUCACAUACAGGUUUUAGCAAGAAAGAAAGUUCGAGAAAUCUCAGCUGCCAUCAAGGUGUCUAGUCACAUUCAGGUUCUUGCCAGAAGGAAAUCUCGUGAGUUUCAUUCCAAGCUAAAGGUUACAAGCAUGGAUCAGACCGUGAAGGACAAAGCCCUCCAGAGCAUGGCCUCCAUGUCCUCAGCUCAGAUCGUCUCUGCCACCGCCAUCCACAACAAGCUGGGCCUGCCAGGCAUCCCACGCCCAUCCUUCCCAGGAGCGGCUGGGUUUUGGCAGGGCAUGAUAUCCACGGGACAACCUGGGUCAUCGCAAGACAUCAAGCCAUUCGCCCAGCAAGCAUAUCCCAUUCAGCCGGCAGUAACAACAACUAUUUCCAGUUAUGAGCCCACGUCGGACCCCGCCCCUACAGUCCCGGCGUGGCAGGGCCGUUCCAUUGGCACAUCCAAACUCCGGCUGGUCGAGUUCUCUGCCUUCCUGGAGCAGCAGAGAGACCCAGACUCAUACAACAAGCACCUCUUUGUGCACAUUGGACAGACAAACCACUCUUACAGCGAUGCGUUGCUUGAGUCCGUGGAUAUUCGUCAGAUCUAUGACAAAUUUCCUGAAAAGAAAGGAGGACUGAAGGAGCUCUUUGGCAAGGGUCCCCAGAAUUCUUUCUUCCUCAUAAAGUUUUGGGCUGACUUGAACUGCAGCAUUCAGGAUGAUGUGGGGUCUUUCUAUGGAGUAACCAGUCAGUACGAGAGCUCAGAGAACAUGACAAUAACCUGCUCCACCAAGGUGUGCUCUUUUGGCAAGCAGGUGGUCGAGAAGGUGGAGACGGAGUAUGCCCGGUUUGAAAACGGACGCUUCGUGUACAGAAUAAGCCGGUCUCCCAUGUGUGAAUACAUGAUCAACUUCAUCCACAAGCUCAAACACCUGCCUGAGAAGUACAUGAUGAACAGUGUACUGGAGAACUUCACCAUCCUAUUGGUGGUGACGAACAGGGACACCCAGGAGACCCUGCUGUGUAUGGCAUGUGUGUUUGAGGUGUCGAACAGCGAGCACGGCGCACAGCAUCAUAUCUACCGACUGGUGAAAGAAUGAGACACCUGAAGCCCCGGAAUAACCCAUUUACAUAGACUGAAGAACCUCAAAACGAAGUGGCAGUGCCUCUAGCUGAAAAUCACACCUACAAUGCUUUUUGGUCACAUUUUGGGUGAAGCAUAUUGUCAUUAUUUUCUGUGUAUAUUAACGUAUGUGUUUGAUGUUUGACUGCAGCUGUGAAUUACGGUACAGUUGUUCUGUGUUUCGAUGAAGGAGAAAUUCUUCAUUUUACGGAUGUUGAGUCAAUCUUUGUUUGGUUGGAUGUCAAUGUUUUGUUUUGUAGGAUGUACAUAUAAAAGUGGCAGUAUCUAAAGAAACUGUUGGUUGGGUUUAAUUUGCUCAAUAGACGUGUAAGUUGACUUUUUCCCGCUUUGAUCUUUUAAUGUGGUCUAUAAAAAAAUGACAAAGAUGUUAGCCCUUUUCACAUGAGUUCUGUAACUACGUAUGUCGGUCUGUAUGUCUGUAAUUGAUCAUUCGUGAGCAUAUAGAUACACACACAUGGCCAAUAGGUUUUCCAAAGAAAAAUGUUUUUAGAAAACAUUUUGGACAAUAUAAUUGGUAGACAGAAGUCAGUUAAAGGCAAGUGAUUGUGGACAUCAUCGUUCUAUUUAUUACAUGAUCAUCAGUUGCUUUCAGGGAAAUUUCAUACAGAUCCCUGUCGAAGCACUUCAUGUCUUAGACGCUAACAGCAGUAUGAAUGCAUUGUAAUUACACUACAGGCACCAAGUUCAACCUGUAUCUUUGCCUCAGUCCGGGCAAGUCUUACAUUGCAAUAGAAAAACAUGGAUUUCUCUCGUUACACGUUCCUACAAUACAAACGAGUCCCUCUCAUGUUAGACGAAAGUCAUUGAAAAUAGUUUUGAUUCUAAAAACGUGAAAGCACUACAUUUACGUCUCUGAGUGGAAUGUCACCUUGUCCUAAGCACUUGGUUCCCCUUGUAGAAUAUGCCUUUGCAAUUUCACCUUUUAUGUUUUCUUUUUAGAUAUGUUGUUUUAGGAUCUGUUUAACUCAUUACGAGACAAUGGUUAACUUGUUAUUAGACAGCGGGCUGUGCUCAGUAUGCAGUUGAAUUGCCUCUGAGUUGACUUCUUAUUUUUCAAUGUCAUACCUUUUCUUUCAGUCAUUGCAAUGUAAUUUCACACCAGCCCAUGAUUCCGUGGCCUAAACCAAUUCCGAGCCUUAAAUAUGUCAUGGUUGUGUGAAUUCCAAAAGAUGCCACUAAAGCUGUGAUCUCUUUCCUAAGCUGGAAGACAGAUUUUCACAUUUUGUAGGAAUUCUACUAGUACAAUCUGCCAAAGUUGAACAGUGUACAGUGCCUUAGUGUGUGUUGUAAUACUGGCCUUGGUUCACUUUUAAGAUUGUCUUAUGUUUUAUUUUAUCAGUCACCAAUAUAUGUCAUUGGUACAAAAUCUUACCACACAUAAGUCAAAAUGUUACAACUUUUUAAAAUAAGAACAGACUUUGCCUUUCCUAUUCUGAAAGACCAAAAAUAUACAGAGAUACCGUGGAUCUGUAGUCAUGUCCUGCACUGUAGCAUGGAAGUGCCUUGGUUUAGAAUCUCUAGCUUCGAUAAUACAAAAUAAUUAUGAAUUAAACAUUGCUUAACCAAAAAAAGAUAAAAGGAAUCCAAUCACCACAUUGCCUUGCUGAAGGUUUGUACUAGAUGACAAGGGACAGUGAGUUGAUCCAUGGUGAAAUACAUAAUAUAGUAAUUCUUAUUACAGUAGGUUUUAAGAAGGUGUCAGAUAAGAUGAGUAUGUGUAGUGUUCAUGUGAGUACAGUUAUAGUAAAUAAAAGGCCUGUUUGACCAGACAGUAACUUAUAGAAAUGGAGAUGUUGACUCAUCCCAGCAGCUGUGAAAAGUCACAGUCUUACAACUUCAGUGUAUGUAGAGAUACUUGCAUGAUUCCUGAUUCAUACUAAGUUAUUGAUGGGAACAUAUUCUGAAUCAUUGCAGAACGUUUAUCUGGUAGAUACAAAGUUGAUACAAUGAUUUUGUUUUUUAAUACAGCCCUAUGGAGACUGAAGUUCAGUAGGCAUAUUUGAGUUUCCCUUUGUUUACGUUUUUUUCUUUUCUUCCUACCUUUCUGCCCUGUGUACUAGUUCACCUUCAUGAAUUACUUACUGAGGUGUUUUGUUUUACUGUUAAACAUGUAUACAAUGGUUUUGUGAUGACCUUUGGGGUAUAUUCCAAGCCCCAAGAAGGUGGUGGUGAUGCUGUUACUGCUGCACUGCUGAUACAUUUGACAGGUCAGUUUCAGGCCGUAACAGACAACUUCACCUCCCACCUCUCUGGGGAUCGGAAUAAAGUUGAUCAGAGGAAUGUCUUUUGGACACUCUGAAUAAAAUGGACGUAUAUCAUGACUGUGUAAAGGAAUCUUGACACAAACAUAUCAGCAGUUUAGCUUGUUGUUAUUUGUUUGUAAUUCUGUCUUAAUGUAGGUACUGGUACCUUUUUUUGUUCAUUAUUACCAUUUUAAGAUGUCGGCUUUAAAGUGAACUUUUCUACAGUUCAGAUCAUCAUAAAAAUGUGGGUUUGUGUGCGCAUAUAUAUAUACGCAUAUGUAUAUAUAUAUAUAUAUAUAUG